GGGUUCUGAGAGUGGUUGGUAGAACCGCUGGUUCAGCCAAUGGCUGAGUCCCAGGCAGAGCCCAGCAUAGGGGCCAGGAGGAUAUAAAGCCAGGGUGGCAGAGCCAACCUCAGCCUAUAUGACAGGUCUAUAGGUCAGCUCUGGACCUACACAAGGAUUUAACUAAACAGAAUCAGAUGAACCAACACUAGUCUGUCAUACCAGCACUCCAAACCCAUAGCUGCCAAUUGCUUCUGAUCUUAGACAGUCUCUAGGCCCUGACCAGGGGACUGAAGGACCUCAGUAUUCUUUUUCUGUAGUGUUUGACCUGUAGAAGCCAGUAGGUGUGAGGAGCCUGUAUUUACAGCCAGUCUGAUGGAGAAUGAUGCCUAUGACAGGAUCGGGGACGAACCCCCUAACUACGAGGAGACGUCUUUCUCCGGUGGUACCACCUCUAACGGUAAUGGGACCGGUAACGGAGAGCACCGGGCUGUCCGUCCGUCCGUGGUCAGUGCGUUUGGUCAUGACACGCUGGACCGCGUGCCCAACAUCGACUUCUACCGGAAUGCUGGGAGUGUGAGCGGUAACCGUGCGGUCCGACCGUCCCUGCAGGAGCUCCACGAUGUCUUCCAGAAGGUCAGUGUGUGUGUGUCCUCCUCACCUCUACAACCCCCUCUACACACAUCCCCCUCUACACACGACAUGUCUCUGUACAUCCGUAUAUCUUGUAUAUCACUCUCUUUUCCUUACCGACACACACACCACACAACUGUCUAUAGACCUGUCUCUGUACAUCAGUAUAUAGACCUGUCUCUGUACAUCAGUAUAUCACAACUGUCUAUAGACCUGUCUCUGUACAUCACACAACUGUCUAUAGACCUGUCUCUGUACAUCACACAACUGUCUAUAGACCUGUCUCUGUACAUCACACAACUGUCUAUAGACCUGUCUCUGUACAUCACACAACUGUCUAUAGACCUGUCUAUGUACAUCAGUAUAUAGACCUGUCUCUGUACA